AUGCUCGAACCGUCUGAUCCGACCUAUGGCUUCCCCUUCACGCCGUACAAGCAGCAGCAACAGCUGAUGGACCACCUCUACCGCGCGAUGGCUUCCGGCGAGGUCACGGUCAUCGAGUCGCCCACAGGGACGGGCAAGUCACUGUCGCUCAUCUCGUCCUCGCUCUCCUUCCUCCGCGACGCAAAGGCUCACGAGCGACACAACCUCGUCGCGUCGAUCCGGGCUGCCGUGGCGGACAACGAGUCUUUCAAGGACGAGCCGGAGUGGGUCAUUGAGCACGAGAUCAAGACCAAGUUGGCGGAGCUGGAUAGGCAGGAGAAGGAGCUGGAGGAGAGGUUGGAGGGGAUUCGGCAGAAGGAGAGGGUGGAGAGGGCGAAGGCGGCUGCGGAGAAUGCUCGGACCAUGGCGAGGAAGAGACAGAAAAUGACGGACGACGAACGACAAGAACAGGCAGACGAGCAGUUUGCCCCUGCUCCUUACUACGAGGACGACGAGGCAGGCGCGAAGGAAGUCGUUGCCUACGUCGACGAUGCGGAGGACAACCUUUCGCCAGCCGUUCGCGCACUCAUGGCUUCGUCCGUCUGUCCGUCGCUUCCGAUAUCGGGCAAAAGUAAAUCGCGCAGCGAGCAAGAGGAGGAGCCCGACGUCCGCAAAAUCUACUUCGCAUCCCGCACACACUCGCAGCUCUCGCAGUUUGUCGCCGAGCUACGGAAGACGCCCUUCGCGGGCGAGACGAGCGCGAAGCCGCCAGGUCUACCCACACCUCCCUCCUCUUCACCCGAAGCCGAAUCACCCUCCCGACCGAUACGCCUUAUCCCCCUCGGCUCUCGCCAGAACCUCUGCAUCAACGACGACGUGCGUAAGAAGAGCGGCGGGAGCAACGAGGCGAUGGGCGACCUGUGCGUUGAGUUGCAGAAGAGCGGCAAGGAGCGCUGCCCGUACUUGCCGCCGCUCGACGAGCCCUCCAAACUUAACGACUUUCGCGACAAGGCUCUCGCCUCGGUUCACGAUAUCGAAGACAUCGAAGAUCUCGGUCGCAAUACACACACCUGCCCGUACUACGGCUCGCGCAAGGCCGUACGGACUGCGGAGGUCGUUACGCUGCCGUACAACAUGCUCAUGCAAAAGACGGCGCGCGAGGCGCUCGGCAUCUCGCUGAAAGACCACAUCGUCAUCAUCGACGAAGCGCACAACCUCAUCGACUCGAUUCUCUCCCUUCACAGCGUCAGCAUCUCUACCCGCCAGCUCCUCGCCAUCCGCCAAGCUCUCCUUACCUACAUCCAGAAGUUCCGCUCCCGCUUCACGGGCUUAAACGCCUCGUACCUCAAGCGGCUCGCCCUCCUCCUCAAGGGCUUGACGGAGUUUGCGGAGCAGUGGGCCAAGGGCGCGAAGAAGGAGGAAAUGGUCCAGGUCUCCAGGCUGUUUGAGGCGGGAGGUGCGGGUGCUCUCGACCAGAUCAACAUGCGCAAGCUCGACGAGUACCUCACCAAGUCGAAGAUCGCUCGCAAGAUUGGCGGUUACUCCGACAGUCUCGCCGAACAGAAGACGGCGCAAGGUCGACAAGCGGUUCGAGCGGACGCAACUCGCGCGCUUCACCAGAUACAGCAGUUCAUCCUCUCGCUCGCUCAUGCCGACCGCGACGGACGUGUCCUCCUUACGAAGGAGACAAAGCGUGGCGCAGACUCGACGUCGGACAAGGUCGAGGUCGUCAUGAAGUACCUGCUUCUUGCGCCGUCGGAAUCGUUCCGGGACGUAGCAGAAGAAGCCAGUUCGGUCAUCCUCGCUGGCGGAACGAUGGCUCCGAUGAGCGACUUCCGCGAGCAGCUCUUCCCUUACUUGCCGAAGGAGCGGUUCUCCACUUUCUCCUGCGGGCAUGUCGUCCCCGCCGACCACGUCUCGACGUACGCCGUCAGCAAGGGUCCGACAGGCGUCACGUUCAGCUUUACCUACGAACGGCGAGGCGACGAGAAGCUGCUCGAUGAACUCGGCCAAGCUAUCGUCAACAUCGCAGCGAUUGUGCCCAAGGGGAUGGUCGUCUUCGUGCCGUCUUACGAUUUCCUCAACCAGGCGCAAACUCGCUGGCAGAAAUCGGGGAUGAUCAAGCGCCUCGCCGCGAAGAAGGAGCCUUUCUGGGAGCCGAAAGCGAGCGCAGACGUCGACGCCGUCUUGCGAGAGUAUGCAGUUGGAAACGCGGGCUCAGGCAAGGGCAGCAUUUUGUUUGCGGUCGUCGGCGCCAAGCUGUCAGAGGGCAUCAACUUCGCGGACGAUAUGGCUCGAUGCGUCGUCGUCUGCGGCAUUCCUUACCCUAACUCGCAGUCCGCCGAGCUGAAAGAACGCAUGCACUACCUCAAGACGUCGGCGCCGCCAGGACGUCCAUCUGGCUCGCCCGAUCCCGGUCAAGUCCUCUACCAGAAUCUUGCUUUCCGGGUCGUCAACCAGUCGAUCGGUCGAGCCAUCCGCAACGCCCGCGACUGGGCGUCCAUCGUCCUCCUCGACGAGCGAUAUACGCAGCCGUCGAAGAAGGCGCAGCUCCCAGCUUGGCUCGACAGCGGCGUGCAAAGUCCACCAACUUUCGGCGCGCUCGUCCAGGACCUCGCGAGGUUCAACCGAAAGAUGCGGGCAGCAGUCUCGUAG